UAACGGACGCACGCCGCCCAUCCCGAUUCCACUUUUUGGUGGAGAAAUUCCGGCCGUCACUCCAUCGCCCCCUUCUGGAGCCUGUAACUUGCUUAUUCCGUGUGACCUUUCUGGCGUUUUUGAGGCUUUAGCGACUCUCGCAGUUACAGUUCAAGCCCCGGUCCCUACCGGGCGCCUGUCAUCCCGCCCACUCAGGGAGGAGAGAGUGUGUUGCACUUUUUCCCUCAUCCCUCGAAAAGCUUUCCCCCUUCCUGCUUGCUGCUCGCUGCUCGCUGCGGCCUGUCUUGAGGCAUCUCGUCUCCUCCCUGCCCUCCUUCGCCCGGGAAACUUGCUCCGGCUUCGCACGCCCGCCAGCCAGCCAGCAAUCCGUCGGGACAGACGGACGGACAGAUAUUGUGGCGCCGUCGAGACAGGAAAGACGGUCUACGAGCGAGAAACUCCUCUCCUUUCCCUUCUCCCUCUCCCUCUCCCUCUCCCUCGUCCCCUUCCCCUUCCCCUUCUCUCAUUCGAUCGCUAGUUCCAACUAUUCCCUCCUUUCCUUCUAAAUCCCCAACCACUUUCCCACAGUGCUCCUACCGGCCUCGCACCAAACUUUUCACACCGCCAUUGCUACCCAAUCCUCCUCGGUGUGGCUGUCGGCCGGCCAGUCGGUCCUUGAUCCCUCUCUCCGGUCCCUUCCGCUGCCGCAGCCUCAUUCUUCCUCUCGCUCAUAACCUUUGUAAAGGUUUUCCCUUUUCUUCCUUUCCAUUCUAUUCUCGCCCUCUCUUCCAUCUUGACAUUGUUUCCCUUCUUCCCGCAAAAAGGAAGGGUCAAUCCUUGCAUCAACCAGAUUAUCGCUCCGCUUCGAAUCCUUCUCGUCCCGAGCAUAAAGAAGAGUACCCGUACACUUCACUCCCACAGACUCUCUACCUUCAAUCCCCCCCCCCCCCGCUCUCUAUUUUACAUAUCUUCCCUCCACCCUAUUCUUGACCUUCCCCAUUUUGCCCUUUGCUCCUGUUUCCGGACUGCUGAGCCAUCUUUCUGGCUCGUUCUAAUCCCUUUCGAGCCAUAUUUCAUUCAAAGCCGCCAAGCUGGCUGAGUGAGUUUUCCGCGAUAAAAAUCUGGCUCUCGUAGCUAUCCACCAUGUCGCUAAGUCCCUUCGAUCUCUCCCGCAGAUAUCUCUAUCUGGUCCAUGCCAACGGGCCGCAUGGGCCCCCCUUCUCGGGACCCCCUUCGAAGCCUCCCCUCCGCUCUAUAACAACAACUGGCCAUAAACUCUCGCCCAUAUCUAUAGCCUCCCCGCCGGCGUUUUCGACGAUGACCGCCGACCGCCCGAAUCUGUGCAAAUCCCCUAGCGAGAACACCCUACGGGUCCCUGUUACGGAUGGAACAUCAAGUGGCAGAUCAACACCCGGCGAGAAUGGGAGCACGGAUCUCAACAUGGAGGUAGCCGCUCUCAGUAAUAAGCUCAUCAGCGCGAUCAAUCAUCAGACCCAAUUGGACGACUCACUCUCGCAAACAAGGCAUGAAUUGGAGAUUUCCCGUGCGAGAGUCAAGCAAUUGGAAGCGGUGGCCAAGGAAAACGCUGAGAUGCUGGCUAAGGGGCUGCUGGUCAAGAAGUCUGACGUCGAGGCCGAAACAAAGCGGCUCAAAGAUCGCUUAAUCGAGGAGAGCAGGUUGAGGGUCAAGGCUGAAGAGGACAAGAGGGCCAUAGAACGGGAAUUGGAAGGAUUAACGGCUGCUUUAUUUGGUGAAGCCAAUGAGGUAAGCUGCUGCUUUUUAGGCAUAUUUCUUACCAGUUUCGGGCCCAAUUUCUCACAGCUGACGGAAUUAGAUGGUCUCUGUAGCGCGUCAAAAGGAAGAGGCUGUCGAUAAGAAAAAUGAGCAGCUAAGAUCUCAAUUGGCUGAUACACAGCUCCUCUUGGCUUCUCACCAGGAGCAGCUCGCCGAAUUAAAGCAGGUAAUCCAGCAAAUGACAGCGGAGAAGGAGGAAGCAGAGACCGCUAUGUCUACCGGGACACCCUCAACUCCAGCACUUGGAAAUAGGACGAGCAAAGAAUCAUUAAGUCGUGUUUUUGAGGUCUUGCACUUGUCUCCCGACUCGGCCACCAUCGAGGACAUACAGCCGUGCCCGCCUACAUCUCUGACAAGCUUGAUAUAUCCUGUCCUUAGGCAUGACGUCACAGCCUACCUUGAUUUCUGUGAGGUUUUGCAUUCUCCGAAAGGGAGUGCUAGGACUUCGCCAAUACCCCGGCUGUCGAGUGGCUCCUUCUCAUCUAUACAGGCUAUGGGUAUAGGAAUGGGUAUUUCUUACGGUUCCUCAUCGGCCAGUAAUUCCCCCACUGGGCUCUCUAGCGCCCUUUUUGGCUCUAGGGCGGACAAGAGUAAUGAUAGUCAUCCGACAAGUCCGGCGAGUGUCGGCUCCGCCACCAAUGGCAACGCUCAACAGCAGAUUGGACUUGCUUUGAAGGAAACUAGAUUCUUUAAACGAGUUUUGGUUGAAGAUGUGGAGCCUACCCUCCGGGUAGAUUUGGCACCUGGCCUUUCCUGGCUGGCUCGUCGGAAUGUGUCAUCAGCAAUCAUUGAUGGCUCCUUACAAAUCGAUCCCCUGCCUGCCAAUUCGAAAUCCAGUACUGUCAGCUGUUCCAUGUGCGGCGAGAGCCGGUUGGGCGAGCAGCAUAUCAGGACUCAUCAGAUGCGCACGAGCGAUAGUACAACUGCCCUGAGACACAUGCUAUGCACCUACUGUGUCAACCGCACAAGGAGCGUUUGUGACUUUCUGGCAUUUCUAAGAACCCUCAAGGAGGGCAUGUGGAAGUGCGACAGUGAAGGUGAUGAGAAGCAUGCGUGGGAAGAAUGCAUCAAGCUGAGGGAGCGUAUGUUUUGGUGCAGAAUCGGGGGCGGCGUCAUACCCGCCUUCAUCCACAGGGAGUCGGCAAGAAAUUCUGAGGAACAUGGCAGAGCUGGCGGCUUGAGGCCUCUCGGUGACGAGACCCCACGUGAUCUGCAACCCCCCAGGACACCAGAACCAAGAGGACACGAGGGUCAGGUGAAAUUGGAGGUUCCCAAGAAGAGAAUAAGCAAGGAAUUGCCACCGAUUGUCCCUGAGAAGGCUUCAGCCAGUGAAGCUCCAUCACCGAUUGCUCCUUCGCCGAUUGACAAGGAGCUUCCCGCACCUCCUAGAAUCUCCCUCGAGAAGGACAUAGAACAAGUGGGCACCACGAAUGAGGAGACAAUUGUUGAGAAGCAAGAACCGGCACAGGAAAAGAACGGUCCUAAAGUUGGCACAGCCUCGGAGCAUUCAGCGUCUUCAGUCUCCAUAGGACCUACGGAACCCGAAACGCUGACUAGCCCGGUCUCCAAAACACUUGAACCGCCUGUGACCGCUUCUCCUCAAAAGGAGCUCGCUGUUCCCACCGUCCUAGACAAACCAGAUACAGAGGCCCCCCGAGCGGUUCCAGGGGCUUGGUAGUAAUGCUCCCAGACAUUGAUUAUACUAGAGAGAUUUUAUACGAAAGAUUACGGUUUGCUGAGACUAGAUUUUUACCCGGGAGCGGGGCUAUGGGCAAAUGUUUAUGUUGGGUUACUGCAAUGGGAAAGGGCAAAUUUCGUUGGGGCCGAGUAUUACUUUAAUAUUUUAUUUCUUUAAUACUCCACUUCUUUCCGUCGGUUAGCUAAAUUUUUCUCAGUUGGCCCCCUUCCCUUCUGAUAUAUAGUUUAUUAUUACAGUUCUGUCGUCUAACUAUGCUUGUUGCUCUGGAGUUCUUUCGUCCCCCCCCACUCUGCCUGUUUCCAUUUUGUUCCGUUUUCUACUGUUUUGCAUUUACAAAGGUUUCACGGUGUACCAUGUCUUUUUCAUUUUUCGUAUCUUUUUCUUUUCCCUUCCUCUUCAGCCGCUUUACUUUCCGUUUUUUGCUUUCACUCUUGUUGCUUCGAGAUUAUCAUAUGUUACGGGACACGAGGAAAGAUAGGGAAAAGAGAAGAAACUGGAAUCAAGGGUUAUUCCUCCUUCAUUUUUGGCCGUAACGGGUUCUCAUAUCGUAAAAAGCAAUACUCCUCUAUAUUGUGCCGAGUUUGGUUUUAUCUGGUUAGUUCAUGCAAAGCCGAGCUGAGCUGUGCUCGCGCUCUUCAGGAUAUUGGUACCUUUUGUAAGAGGUUUUCGAGUGAUUUGUCGUGCGUCUGAUGUUCUGGUGAGAGGGGAAUUGUUCAGCUUAAUUUUUUUCCCCACACCACUUCUCCAGCCUCGAUCCGAUUCCAGUAGUAUACAAUAAUUCGCUCAAUCCCACUUAUGUCUCCCUCCUCCUCCUCCUCCGCUGCAUCUCAAGAACCACAGGAGCAGCGCGCAUUCUCGCGAACUCCUUCAUGGCGACUGAGUCCGUUUCCGUGCGGAUCGCUGUUCCGAUCGACAUGAAGAAACUGGUUUCGCCAUCGGUUAAUCAACCUAUGCUCCAUUGGGGCAGGUGUCAAACCCAAAUGUAGCGGCAGAGCCGAGCAUAUACUGUCCCAGCGAACGAAUGAACCCGUUCGGACCUGGGCCGUGCUUCAAGAGGUUAUAUCCUCCUGGUUUGUGAAUUAGUUGCGCUGUUGCGGGGGAAGGAGGAAGGGGAAAGGGGUGGGGGAGCACCGAAGAUGAAGCCGAUGCAGAGUCCCACAGCUGCCGGCACUUGUUAGCAUCGAUGCGGAGAGAGGGCAAGGGGUGGAGAAGGCACACAGGGUCCCCAGUUAUAGCCCCGAGUUUCACUGAAAUUUUGUUAGCGAAUUGAAUAUAUGGUGCGGGGGGGGGGGGGGGGGAGCGGAGGGAUACUCUUGUCGAAGAGAGUAGGGCCAUGGGAGCCAUGGUCUCCAUACGCAGAUACUGGUGGGGGCAUGUUUGUGGUAGUGAUGAUGAUGAUGGUGAGGCGCGGUAGGUUGUGUGGCGGGAUGGGAGAUGUGGUGGCUAUGGCAGCUUUGCAGUGCCGUGCUGUAGACUAGGAGCACUGGCACCGGUGAUAGCCGACCGAUUGAUUGUGAUACGGGUAAGAUAUGAUAUGAUACCGGUAACUCGUGAUUUGCCGGUGCGCCAGGGGACAAGGCAAGGGAUUCCAGGAUGGUGAAAGAGCGAACUGGUUCCGGAUAUGGGUAUGAUACGAUUUAAUAAUAGUAUAAUAUUCUCCAUUUUUUUUCUUUAUUCACCAGGCUCCUCGACAGAAAUCAUCCCAAGCAUCAUAUCAUACCUUGCAUUGACCAAGGGCAAGUUUGAAGGAGCAAUAAAGAGAACCAGAUGCCAUAAGACAAGAUCACGUGACCUUUCAUAUGUCUUUGUUGGACUACAUAGUCUACCCUUGUCCAUCACUCCCCUCCCGACUCCCCAAAGACAUCCGCAGUAACACAUCCUGGACAGUCAGAUCUCCGAACCGCUAACAACCACAACAUCAUCAACAACGACAAACAAAAUGCAAGCUCCGAUCCAGUCUUCCCGAGCCCAGAGCUUCGAGGAGCUUUACGGCCCCCCGGAAAACUUCCUGGAGAUAGAGGUUCGUUCUCUCUCUUCUUUUGUCUUCCGGGAUGUUCCGGUGUCUUGGUGUUGCCGGAUGAGGAUGGGAUGGGGCUGACGAUGGUGUCUUGUGCGGUACGCUUCCACUAUAGGUCAAGAAUCCCCAGACUCAUGGGUUUGGGAGGAAGAUGUACACGGAUUAUGAGGUUGUUUGUCGUGUAUGUUCUCUUUUUACCCCUUCAUCUCUUUCUUGUGAGUGAGUGAAUGACUGACUCCCUUGUUGCUUCUAUAGACCAACAUUCCCGCAUUCAAGGUAUACCCUCGGAUUCUCUUCCCUACUGCCCGUUUUUUGUUUUUAUUUUCGUGAAAUUGGAGAACUAAAUGGAUUUCUAGCUCAAAGCCUCCAGCGUCCGGCGUAGAUACAGCGACUUUGAAUACUUCCGCGACAUACUAGAGCGGGAGUCCUCGCGCGUCACCAUCCCCCCCUUGCCCGGGAAAGUCUUCACAAACAGAUUCUCAGACGACGUCAUUGAGCACCGCCGCGAAGGGCUGCAGAGGUUCCUGCAGAUUGUCGUUGGCCACCCACUGCUCCAGACCGGGAGUAAAGUUUUGGCGUCGUUUGUUCAAGGUGGGCUUUCGUUUUGUUUACUUGUCCGCGGGAUCGAUUGAUUGAGUGAGGAAGCUGAUGGUUCGCACUUGUAGACCCGAAUUGGGACCGUACGAGCUGGUCGAUUUAACGGGCACCAAGGGUACUGUGUGUGGUGGGGGGGGGGGGCGUUUGUGCUUGGCUUUUAUGGGUGGGAAAUACUGGAUGGACGGGGUCUCUUCUCUCAAUUUUCGCUCUCUACCUUUUGCUUGAAAUGGGAUUGGACCGGUCUGGGCUGAAAAGCCCCUGCUGAAUGGAACCUUACUCAAUGGAGGGGAAUGGAUCCGGAGUGGGUUGUCACCUUUUGCCUUUUUUCUUUUUUUACUUUCAUAUCCAAUUUUUUUGUGCUUUCGCGAUUACCCAACCAAUAGCUUACGCACAGUACUGUAC